CAGUUCGAAUAAAUUUAUUUCUUAAUUAUUUACGCACAACAAUACGUGGAAAUUUUCUCAUAUCUGCUCUAAAUACCAAUUAUCUUAUUACAAUUUCUAAUACAUUAAUUGACCCAAGAUUAGAGAGUACAGAUACAUAUUAUAUCUUCAGAAAUGAUCUUGAAAAACACUUAAUAGGUUGUAGUAGUUUAAAUUCAAUAAGUAAAGUUUCUUUUCAAAAUCAAUCUGAUUUGACAAUGUCGAUGUAUCAUGACUUUAUCGAAUGGCAUGAAAACGAUUUAAAUGAUUCGAUGGUUAAUGGAUUUUAUACAAGUUGUUUACCUUUUGAAGGUCUUCUUCAAAGUACAUUAGAUUGUUUAUAUGAAUAUCUAUGUAUUGAAUUCUUAAUGAAAAAAUUUCCAAAUAUUAUAAAAAUGAAUAUCAAUUUGAAUAAUUCAUUGUUAAUUUCAAAUAAAGAAAAAAAAUCAAUUAAUAAUUAUCUUAAUGAUUUAUUUGUUGAAGAAUGGUUAACAAAAAAGAAUUAUAUUAAAUAUUUUCAUAAAUGUUCACCAUUAUUAUGUUCAUAUACAAUUUGGAAUCAAACAAAUUUUUCUUAUUCAAUUACUUUAUUAAUUAGUCUUUAUGGUGGUUUAAUUCUUAUUUUACGAUUAUUUAUACCAUUUUUCGUUAAGAUUUUCUUUAAAUUAAAAUAUUUUAUUAUUAAUCAUAAUAAUUACAAUUUUAAUUUAACUUUAUUGAAAAAUAAUUUUCAAUUCUUUAUUGAAUAUAUGAAAAAAUUCAAUUUAUUCAAACGAAUUAAUCAACGAACAGAAAUUCAUUUAAAACAACAAAAGAUCAACACACGUGUUUAUUUGAUUUUAUUUCUCGGUUUAANAUCAAUUGCACAAGAAUAUGCAGAAUAUCUCGUUCCGAUUGUUUUUAUUGGAAUUGGAAUUUAUAUAAUCAUUACAUCGGAUUGUUUUCCUUGGUUAGAUCGAGCGAUUCGAACAAAAAAUUUCAAAAAUGGUUAA